AUGGCCUCCGAAGGCAUGGCCCCCUUCACUCCCGAGUAUGCCUCGUACAACUGGACAGGCGCUCCCUCGGAUUACUCCAGCCUCGCCACGAACGAGCUGGGCGGAAACUCGAGGGUGGAAAAUUUGAACAAAUGGUACCAGGCCGGUGAUCAGGCCUACAUCAUCGUCGCCUCGGCCAUGGUUAUGCUCAUGGUUCCUGGUCUCGGUUUUCUUUACUCCGGUCUUGCUCGCCGCAAGUCAGCCCUCAGCAUGAUCUGGGCUUGCAUGGGUUCAAUGUGUGUUGUGACCUUCCAAUGGUACUUCUGGGGUUACUCGCUCGCAUUCUCUCCCACCGCUACAAAUGGAUACAUUGGAAACCUGCGCAACUUCGGUCUGAUGAAGGUUCUGGCGGAUCCAAGCCCUGGGUCUCCUCUGGUUCCUAACCUCCUUUAUGCCUUUUACCAGAUGCAAUUCUGCGCCGUUACUGCUGCGAUCAUAAUGGGUGCGGUCGCCGAACGUGGACGUCUUCUUCCCGCCAUGGUCUUCACCUUCGUCUGGGCUACGAUCGUCUACUGCCCCAUCGCUUGCUGGGUAUGGAAUGUCAACGGCUGGGCUUUCAACUACGGUGUGCUGGAUUACGCUGGUGGUGGUCCCGUCGAAAUCUGCUCCGGUCUUUCGGCUCUCGCGUACUCGAUGGUCCUCGGUCGUCGCCAGGAGCGCAUGAUGCUCAACUUCCGCCCUCACAACGUUUCCCUCAUCCUGCUUGGCACAGUCUUCCUCUGGUUUGGCUGGCUUGGAUUCAACGGUGGAUCGUCUUUUGGUGCGAACAUGCGUGCAACAAUGGCCUGCUGGAACACGAACCUGACCGCUGCCUUUGGCGCGAUUACCUGGGUUAUUCUUGAUUGGCGUCUGGCUCGCAAGUGGUCGAUGGUCGGUUGGUGCUCCGGUACAAUCUCCGGCCUUGUCGCUGCUACUCCUGCUUCCGGUUUCCUCCCUCCCUGGGCCAGUGUUGUCCUCGGUAUUGUGACCGGCAUCGUUUGCAACUACUCUACCAAGGUCAAGUACUGGAUCCGCAUUGAUGACUCCAUGGAUGUGUUUGCUGAGCACGGUGUCGCCGGUAUCGUCGGUCUCAUCUUCAACGCCUUCUUCGCAGACGACGCCAUUGUUGGUCUAGACGGAGUCAACACCGGUUCCGAAAUGGGUGGCUGGCUCAUCCACAACUGGAAGCAGCUUUACAUUCAGAUCGCCUUUAUUGUCGCCGCGUCAGCCUACUCGUUCGUUGUCUCUGCUAUCGUCGCCUAUGCCAUCAAUGCCAUUCCCGGUCUCAAGCUCCGUGCCUCCGAGGAAGCCGAACUGCUUGGCAUGGACGAUGACCAGCUCGGUGAAUUCGCCUACGACUACGUCGAGGUCCGCCGUGACUACCUUGCCUGGACCCCUCAGAAGCACGAUCAACACGCGGACGGCCACGAGGUCCCAGCCGCUGCUCGCUACGGCAUCGGCGAGCACAGCGAGAUGAUGCUCGACGGCGAGGCUCCCACAGGUGUAACCAACAGCCGCGGAAGCGAGAUCUCAGGCGUACAAGAGAUCAACGUCAAGGAAGAAUCGCAACGGCCGGCGCCGCCGACCGACGCCGAGAAAGUCGCUCAGGCGCCUUGA